AUGGAACAAGCUGAGGAUAGCUCAAAAGCUACGAUCCUUUUGAUGGGGUUAAGAAGAUGUGGUAAAUCAUCUAUUUGUAAAGUAGUGUUUCACAAUAUGCAACCAUUAGACACACUUUAUCUGGAAUCAACAUCAAAUCCAUCUGUCGAACAUUUCUCUACAUUAAUCGACUUAUCUGUUAUGGAAUUACCAGGACAAUUGAAUUACUUUGAACCUAGUUACGAUUCUGAGAGAUUGUUUAAGAACAUUGGCGCACUAGUAUAUGUUAUUGAUUCACAAGACGAAUACAUGAAUGCAAUAACGAACCUAGCGAUGAUAAUCGAAUACGCUCACAAAGUUAAUCCAAAAAUAAAUAUUGAAGUAUUAAUCCACAAAGUCGAUGGUCUUAGUGAAGAUUUCAAAGUUGAUGCCCAACGUGACAUAAUGCAAAGAACCGGUGAAGAAUUGUUAGAACUGGGUCUUGACGGCGUUCAAGUGUCUUUCUAUUUAACAUCAAUUUUUGAUCAUUCAAUAUACGAGGCGUUUUCUAGAAUCGUACAGAAGCUUAUCCCAGAAAUAUCAUACCUUGAAAACAUGCUUGAUAACCUCAUUCAACAUUCCAAAAUCGAGAAAGCUUUUCUCUUCGAUAUAAAUUCAAAAAUAUAUGUUUCAACGGAUUCCAAUCCUGUUGAUAUCCAAGUUUAUGAAGUCUGUGCAGAAUUUGUUGAUGUGACUAUCGAUCUCUUCAAUCUGUAUAAGACACAAGAAAUAGAACUUCCUUCUGAAGCUAACGACACCAGGAAGCCUCAAAAACACCAGCGAGAAUUGAAAAGUGUCUCGGAGCUGGGUAAUGGUGUGAUGAUAUAUUUGAAGCAGAUGAUAAGGGGAUUGGCCCUUGUGGCUCUAAUCAGACCAAAUGGUGCAGAUAUAGAUAAUUGUCUAACAAUUGCCGAUUAUAAUGUGGAUACUUUUAAGAAGGGAUUGAUUGAACUGUGGGCAAAUUCAGCAACAAAAAAAACGCAUUCCUUGCAGGAUAAUAUAAACUAA